UGUUGAAGUAUUAUUGAUGUUGGGAACACGAACACUUUUAAUGGCACUGCACCAUUUUGGUGAGUUUAAUGUGCAAGGCGGGAUCGUCAUUAUUUUUAAUGCGCAGACGCGGAAAUGAAAUUUCCUAAGUCCUGUGCAUAUUUAGGGCGGAAACUCUUUUAUGAUAUACCAGAAAUAUUUGGCAUUACAACGUAUUGAACGGUUUUUAAAAGCGGUCACACAUCUACGCUGCCCUAAAUUAUUCAUAAAUAUUUGAUAUUUCAAAUUUAUUUGAACAAAAAGUAUUAUAAAUGCUCAAAAAAUUGCAAAAUAAGUUGAAAAUAUAAUAAGUCGUCGCUACCCAACCAACACAUUUCAAUUGUCACACGAUGCUGAUACGUUGGAAGAGCAAAGAUAAAAGUUCAUCGAACCUGAGCAGCAGCAACAGCAGCAGCAGCUCAUCAAAGAAAAAACGAAAAGGACGUGAAGGAGAAGACUGGCAGAAUGAGGCUAAAACUGGGCGUAUGCCACCCAAUGAGCAAGUUAGCGAUCAUAGGAGAGGUAUGCGGCGAGACGAUCCGCGACGGCACACCCUGGGUGGCGAUAUGAUAUUGUAUGCCGGUAAUCAAGGACAGCAGCAGCAGCGGGCAAUGGAUCUAGAGAUGAGUACGCGCGCACAAAAAAACAAAAAGAAUAAUGUACCACGCGGCUAUACUCCCUUGAAUCAAGGACCUUUGUUCGACGAUGACCCAGGCAUCAUGUCCGAGGUAGAAACGGCAAGCACUGGCUUUCGGCGUGGCAAUAAACAACGGUCUUCGCUCCCAGUCGUUAGAACACCGUCGAAGACGUUGGAGCGCCCUUUAGGAUUAGUAUUUUUACAGUAUCGAUCGGAAACAAAACGCGCUUUAUUGCCUAACGAAAUAACCUCAAUUGAUACCGUUCGAGCGCUUUUCGUUCGUUCCUUUCCACGACAACUAACCAUGGCAUAUCUAGAGGGUCCAAACGUCAAGAUCUACAUACAUGAUGCAAGCAAGGACAUGUUUUAUGAACUGGAGGAUGUGCGUUCACAUUUACGAGAAAUUCGUGACCGCUCAGUAUUGAGACUUUUCGAAUCCACUGAAGUUGCUGCACCGCCACAAAUUCUACCAGGUGGCCCUGGUGUACCUCAGCCUCUCCCACAAGUUACACCUAAUCAUUGGGACCAAGAUCAGAGCUAUUUCAGCGAACCAGAAUUUGAUUCAGAUUACAAACAUCAACACAUUCAUAAAUCAAAGAUCGGUAAACAGGCGGCACCGUACUACGUGGGCACCUCGCAGACGUUACCGCGCGGUAUGUACUCAUCAGAGCGCACAAAAGUUCCCAUUGGAGCGCCAGUGAAACCCUUGCGGGCGCACAACUCAAGAGGUAGCAUGGAGCCAUUAUUUCCUUAUACCCCGGAUCAGUUAUAUAGCAUCCCAGAUGGUUACUCAAGUUCACCUGAACGCAGCACACGAGGCAACUACGAGGAGCCAUAUUACAGUCAAUAUGGAACCAGAGGACCAGUGGUUGCGCCAAUCAUUGAUGAAGAGCAGGGUGAUGUGGGUCUUACUGAGGAUCAAUACGCCGUAUACGGAAUGAAAGUAGGACCAGGGCGACUACCGAGACCGAACCAAAUGUACGAUUCGGCUAGGCCUGAAGACUUGCAUCGUAUUCGGGUAGAACAUAUGGAACGCCAAUUGGCCAAUUUAACAGGUCUAGUACAGAAAGCUCUCGUAAAUCAACAGCCGCAAAUUACACCGAUUCCCGUGCCAACCUUGGAUCAAAACUAUUUGGUUGUACCAACGCAGUGUCAAGCUAACGGGUCGGGAAAUGAUUUGUAUAUAAGGGAAAAGGCACCGAAGUUAGGGAAGAGCUCAUGCCAGAAAUCAGUGUCGUUUGAAAAGUCAGUUUCCUUUAGUGACGACAUACAAGGAAUACCCAAAUCUCAUAGUCCUCAACACGCUGCCGAUAACAAACCUACAAAACCAGCAAUAAAAUCAUCGACUUUACCUCGUACAUCUUCCCAGGAGAGAGACCGCCUUAAACCGCCGCCGCCCCCCAAGCCACUGGUUUUGGCUCAGACGCACCAAACCUAUCGCGCUGAUAUAGCUCUUGCUCCAGAGGUCUACAAUCAUUUGCGUGGUUUGCAGAAAAAGGCCAAGGAUCUUCGCAUGGAGGUGCGUACACUGCGUCGUCUAUCUCAAGCACAGGCGGUCGCAGUGCGCGAAGACAUCAAAGGAACUUUUAUGCGCAUACGUGCCACACUGCUGGCCAGCAGCGGUACAUUUUGGGGCAGCCAUCAGGGUGAUCAAGAUGCCACGCGAAUCUCGCGCGAAGAGGAACUCUAUAAGCAAGAAGUUAUCAGACUGGAAAAAGACCUUAGCGACUUGGAGGCAUCUGUGGAGACACUACGCGGCGAAGUAAUUAAUCGACGUACACGUGUCAAUAUGACUGCCGUGGAGGACAUGGCAUUGGUACUCAGCAGAGCCAGUAAAACCGUUGCGGAAUUAAAAAUGAAAUUUCCUGGACUCUCCAAUGGACUACGUUGCAUGCUAUCGAGCGAAAUGGAACGUGUCGUACGGGAGGAGAAAUUUCUAAAAGAAGAACCUGACAGGCUUGAGUCGGCAUUAAGGCGAUGUAAAAAACUAACGGGUACAUUAGUGACCUUGAAAAGGCUGGCCAGCGUACAAGAGCAACGAUUGCCCCCUAACGAACCGCAAAUCAACGAAGAGCCGCCGCGUUCGGCCGAGAUCUCCAAUGCAGACAAACCAAUCCCAACACCCAGGAUGGGGUCGUUCGCUAUCAGCGGGGGACCCGAAAACGCACUCGAUGCUCUGCUAGACGAAUUGCAGACUUUUUCGAAACCACUCUCACAGAAUAAUGAGGUACGCCCCGAUGAUUCAACAUCUGAUGAAAGUUCACAAGCUCUGCAAAGCACAGUCACCACACAAAUAUCCCAAGCACGUCUAUAUAUACAAACUACCGACGCAAGCAUCAUUCCAAUGCAAUCGCAACCCAUUUCCACCGCAGCCGCCAGCAUUGUUAACACUUUGCCACAUAAACAAAGCAAUCACAUCACCAGCGAAACCAUUGUUAAUGCAACCAAUGUAACCUCUCUAAUGGUGCAUACCAAUGUCGGCAGUCUUCGACGUCUCCAUUCAUAUCCCAGUGGGUCAGAUACAGACAUAUCACCGCCACAGAACGUGCGUGCGGUGACUACCAAGCCACCAGUCCCCGAACGCACCGCAGAUCUGAUAACUAAAGUGACUAACAAACGUAUACCUCCACCACCCCCACCACGUACUAGUUCCCGUAGUCCACUCGCUAGCCCCACAAACCCAAAUGUCCCACACCAAUUACCAACAGUUAGCGAAACCGACGUCUUGGGCAACAAGUCAGAUAGCGGCGGAGUAAGUGGCAAUUCCAGCGGUAACGAGUCGGCGAACGACCACGUCCAGAGGCAAGUGGCUUUGGAAAUGCGUCAUCAGGAAUUGCUUAAAAAGCAGAAACUCUUACAGGAACAAUACCAACGCUUGCAGCAAAUGACGAAGAUUACCGGCGUGGAAAUGACCGCCAUAGAUAGCACAGUCCAACUACAAAAAACUAACAGCGACUCUAAUUUACAGCACCAGUCACCAAUAGCCAAUGUGGGAGAAAAGUCACAAGACAAUGGCAUGCCAGGAACAGAGAAAAGUGACAAUACAAAACAAGUCGUCAACGUCAUUGCAUCAAAUUCAGAAGCGCUGGGAAAUUCGGGUGGUGGUGGCAAAAGUGUUGGUAGCGCUGGGGGCUCUACCACGAAGCAGCUAUAUGAGACAGAAAUACUCUAACAUAAACCAGUAAUAAUGGUGGAAUGGCAAGAAACUGAAAUCGAUAUUUGAGUAAAGGAUAAAAAGCACAAGCACACAUGACGCACUGGAGCACAGGUUUUACUUGGAACACGCUUACCGCUGACAACUGGCAACUGGCAAACGUUAUUGUAAUAAACGCACAGAAAACCUACACCGCACUAUGUUGCAAGAAAACAACGAUUAACAUUAACGGUUGGAGAUUUAAGAGAAUGUUAGAAAUUGAAUUGUUUGAAAGAACAAAAGACACUAGUAUCUGUAUAAAUAUGUGGUAAUUGUGGUGGUUAGCAGAUAACUGGCAGAUAGUGUUGAUUUGUAUUAUGAAAUUUCGUGAAAUGCUGAUGAAAUUUUAGUCAGUAUACAGAACAUAUUAGUACGAUUUAAAAAAAUGCUAAGAGGUUCUUCUAACACCUAUGUAUUGUAAUAUAUUCGUGACUACAUUCACAUUUAAUAUAGGAAAGUCUAGUCAAGCUAUUAAUAACUGUCCCUUGCUCAAUCCACCUAGAAAGCAAACAUUUAUCAGAUUUAGAGUGCCAGUCAUUUGCAUCUGACCAUAGCGCAACCAUAAUUUAGGUGAACCUAUGUUCUAAGCUUCUUUCAAAGCUCAUAAGAAAUAAAUGCAUGUCUCAAACUGCAAAACUGAAAUUAUACCGCAAAUUGACCUGUUCGAGUUUAAAUGAAAAAUGUGACAACUUUGGUGACUAUCAAAUAGCAACCUGCUUCAAAAGCAUCGCGCUCAUCAAAGUAACCCGCAAACUCAUUAUCAAUAAGCAGACAACAGGCACUUAAAACAAAACCUAAUCACAUCGUAAUGUUACAUUCUCUGCAACGAUACUCAAUAUAUUUUCACGGUUCACUGGUAUCUUUGCAAUAGUAAGUUCAAGGGAUAUUCCCUGGAUAUACUAUCAGUAUCCAUGAGUAAGGGUACUCAUUUAAUGUAGCAUUGAUAUAAUAGUAGCAAAGUGGCAAAAUGGCCUCUUAGUUUAAAUGAAUGCUCCGUGGCAUUUUGCCAUAAGACAGCUGUUUUUCAUUUAGCCGAGAUCGUUUUCUCCAUAAAUAUUUAAUCAAUUUAAUUUAAAAUAAUCAAAUGAUACAACAUUAUAUUUAAAUUUACUUUCAUUUCUCAGCAAAGAAACCAAAACGCGAGAAAAGCGUAACCAGCUUAUUGGGGUUUGCGACAAAUAUCCAUAGAUGCCACUGAAAUAGUUUCGUACAGUUGCAAAUUUGUUUUGCAAAGCUGUUUUGCGACAUUAAAUGAGUACCAGUAGUGUUUUUGUUAAUUUUAUCAAUGUAUUUUUUCAGUGCAGGGCCAUCACAACCACUACACUUUCUCACACAUCACACACUUUUAUAAAUAUAGAUAUGUAUGUGCACUGGUGCAUAUUCAAAUUGUCUGGUCUUAGUUUUAGGAUAUAAGCUGUUGUACUUGUAGUCUAGGAUACAGUACUGCGUAAGGCUUUAGAUUUAGAAAUAGUUGCUACACUUACGUAAUUUAUUUUGGUACAAUAAGUACACAUUAAUUUAAUAUAAAAAAAUGAAAUGGUAUUUAGACAUGCAUAUGAUGUAGAAUAUAUUGCUGCAAUGUAUGUACGAAAAGUUGGUGACCAUAGCUCGAAGUGAAUCGAAUCAAAGUGGGAACGAAAAGACACUAUGUCUGCUUAAAUGAAAUUUAGAAGGCAUUUGUUUUGCCUAGUUGUUAUUUAGUUAAUAUUUUAAAAUUGCUAGUUAUAAAUGGUUGAAUAUAUAAAUUAAAUUAUUUGCACUUACAAGGGUAUAUCCACAUAUACAUUGCGAAGAGUGGAAUGGUCCUACAAGUCCUCGAUAACAAUAUUUAAACAAGUAUAUAUAGCAAUGAAAUCAUAGUAAAUCAGCAAUUUGCAGUGCAAGUUGACCUAAUUAAUCGUCAAAUGUAUGUAUGACUAUGAGAUGUUAUUUGUUGUAAUGCACUUGAAAUUCGCAAUUUUAUCAUUAUAUAAGUGAAAUGUUAGAUUUUAGUACGUAUACAUACAAAAUUUCAUAUCCAUGUAUUUGUUUUUGUUAAAUGUUCACAAAUACUCCACGUACUAAAUACAUAUUUACGAGUAUACGUUAAUGCUUUAGUCCUUUUGUUAACCAAUAGUCAUAAUUCACCUUAUCCGAUUCUUAUAUGUAUGAAUGUAUGUAUAUUCACAGAAUAAUAUGUACUUGUGUGUGACUAACAUGCAAAUGAAUUAUAUUAAAUUAGUAAUUGUACUAGCAUAAAAUGGCAAAGAUCAAGCAAGAAGUAGAAAAUAGUUGAAAUAAAAUUAAACUGCCUGCACUGGAGCUCAUUACUAAAAAUUAAAUACAUGUAUGUAUGUAUAAGAUCUCUGUGAGAGUAGGUGUGUGACAAAAAUGUGCAGGCAGUAACCCAAUAAGUUAACCAUAUACACAUAACAAAGUAAUCCCUAGCAUAUUGAUGAAAAAGUCAUGCCAAUUACGCAUUUUACUUGACAAAAGUUUUGUUAAAUUGGCAAGGAAAGUGAGACUGAUAGUUUUAUGUACAUUACACGCAUUCAAAAAAUAAGCAAACAAACGAACUAUAGUAUUUCGAAUAUUUAUGAAUACCAAAUACAACAUUAUAUGAAAUUAAAAUAUUAUAUUAUCAUUUAGUUUAACAUCAAGCGGGCGGCAAUAAUUUGAUUGAACAUACCAUGUAUAAAAAGGCAAGACAUUCUCAGCUCUUGGCUGUUUUCAAAAAUAUUUUAAUUCACAUCAUUCUUUCCUUUGCCCGGCUACACAUACACAGAGAUUUUUAAACAAAUAAUUGCCCCCGCCAAUCACGUAAGCGUCGAAUCAAAGCAUAACUUAGAAAACAUGCGUAAAUUAAAGCUAAUCAAAGAAAUAAAAUAACUGAAUAUUAACCCUAUUACACACGCCAUUCCAUUCAGCAGUCUCUAUGUCAUUAUAACUUCAGAAUAAAAUAAAAAGACAAACAAGCUGCAUACUCACAUACGUAUGUAUAGUUAAUAAGGAAGAUUAUUGUUUUGCCCUACUGAAUACUCGAGUUGCCUCUACAAGUUUGAACAAAGAAAGCCAAUAAAGUUUAUGGAGAAGUAAUUUUUAAAAUAUACAUAUGUAUGUGAAAACAGAACUACAACAAUAUUUUACAUUAUCAAUGUUUCAUAAUUGGGGCCAAGAGUAUUCACGUGGAUAUUUAGUAAGAACCAAGUUAUCCCAAAA